AAAAAGGGAGGGAGAAGAAGCAUGAACCAUUUCCCUUUCUCUAUACAUAUAGGUCAUGUGGAGUGAUUCAAUUCUCACGCUUUCUGAAGUACCUUUCCUGGUCUAGGUUCAAACCAUCAACUCCAAAGCAAUGGCUGUCGCGUCCAUGGCCAGUGACGAGAAGAAGCUUCACAUAGCCAUGUUCCCAUGGCUAGCCUUUGGCCACAUGAUGCCAUACCUAGAGCUCGCCAAGCUCAUUGCUUCAAAGGGUCAUCGCAUCUCCUUCAUAUCCACCCCUCGGAACAUCGAUCGUCUCCCGAAAGUCCCCUCAAAUUUAGCUCCCAUAAUAAACCUCGUCAAGCUUCCACUGCCCCACGUGGACAACCUCCCCGACAAUGCCGAGGCCACCAUAGACGUCCCAUUGAACGUCAUCCCGUACCUCAAGAAGGCUUACGAUGCUCUCCAAGAGUCCAUGACUCGCUUCCUCGAAGAUUCACGUCCAGACUGGAUUCUCCACGACUUUGCUCCUUUCUGGCUACCGGCUAUAGCCCGAAACCUCAGCAUCCCGACCGCCUUCUUCAGUAUAUUCACUGCGGCCUGUUUGGGCUUCUUAGGGACGAAAGAAAAACUGGCUGAGCGCAAGAGCCCCGAGGAGUUUACGGUCCCACCCCGGUGGGCCCCAUUCCAUACAACGGUGUCGUUUCGGCUCUUCGAGAUUUUGAAAGUCUUUGACCAAGGCGUGACCGGCGUCGAGGGAGACGUUUCCGAUAUAUAUCGUUUCGGAGAAGUGCUUCAAGGCUGCGACGUAAUGGCUGUGAGAAGCUGCGUGGAGUUUGAGCCAGAGUGGCUACGCCUUUUGGAGGAUAUCCAUCGGAAACCGGUUCUCCCAGUGGGUCAACUUCCCCCCACGGCAUACGACAGCGAAGAUGACAGCGACACGUGGCGGUGGAUGAAAGCUUGGUUGGACAGGCAAUCCAAGGGGUCCGUAGUGUACGUGGGGUUCGGGAGCGAGGCGAAACCGAGUCAAACCGAACUCACGGAGAUAGCUCUUGGGUUGGAACAGUCCGAGGUACCGUUCUUCUGGGUGCUAAGAACUCGAAGGGGGGCAGCUGAUAUUGAGGUGAUCGAGUUACCGGAGGGUUUCGAGGGACGAACAAAAGAACGAGGGGUUGUGUGCACGAGUUGGGCACCGCAGCUGAAGAUUUUGGCUCACGACUCGGUAGGUGGAUUCUUGACUCACUCCGGGUGGAGCUCGGUGGUGGAGGCUCUUCUGUUUGAGAGACCUCUCAUACUGUUGACCUUCUUUGCAGACCAAGGGAUUAACGCCAAGGUUUUGGAUGAGAAAAAGAUUGGGUAUUUGAUACCGAGAAACGAGCAGGAUGGGUCGUUUACGAGGGAUUCAGUGGCCGAGUCGGUAAGGCUGGUGAUAGUGGAGGAAGAGGGCAAGAAGUACAGGGAGAAGGCCAAGGAGAUGAAGGGGUUGUUUGGAGACAGGGAAGCUCAGGACCGGUACGUGGAUAGUUUCCUUGGUUACCUGGAAACCCAUCGACAAGUACCUCAGAAGGCUAAAUGAACGAACCUAGCAGCCACCGGAUGGUCAAGACGUCCGGAAAGUUUCGUCGCUGUGAAAUGCGGAAUUUGGUCCCACAUCGCUCUCAAUAAGGGUGGAAAAAAAACGAAAGAAAAAAAGUCAAGAGGUAUCUUCUUCCCACGCGCGCUUUGGUCGCUACUUUUUUUUUUUUUGAUAUCACUUUCGUCGCUACUUAGACAGAUGUGAAAUCUUUCUUAUAAAAAACUUCAACAAUAUUUUCAAGUAGAAUAAGUUUCAGAUGGGCUGAAGCUCAUCACAUGCAUGUGUGCUCUACCUCAUGUAAGAGGCCGGGAUAUUUAUAUGGAAAUAUCGGUAUUACAUUUAAUACAAUUAAUUAAUGUAUAAA